ACUUUCAGGCGCUUGCGUCUGGUGGAAUGUCAAAUUCAGGAAAAAAAAACAAUCCCUUUUGUGUGUAUCGGGCAGGUAUGUUUAUUUUUGUGAAAAAGUGAUCUUCUGACCAUGGUAGGGCGCAAAAAGAAUGAUGAAUUUGAUAGAUUGAACUACCAACUGCAGAGAUUUGAUAAGAAAGUAAAGGCUUGGUGCCCAAUUUGCCAGAAACUUCUGGCCAACACCUCGGCUAAGCGUUUGAGGAGCCAUCGGAAUAAAUGCAAACUAGGAGGUGAUGAACAGAAUUCACACGGAAAUAUUGACUGCGAAGAUGAUAUAGAUCAGAAAGUUUUCAACAAAACACCAAAAUUCCAAGUCAUCAAUCUCCCGGCUUACACGAAUGCGUCUCACAGUGACGGGGACCACGUAGAGGAAGGGGAAGCAGGAAAACGAGAGGAAUUUGGUGAGUCAAUUGCUGUAGCCGGAUCCGCUAGGAAGCGUCAUAUGCCACCUCCGCGGAAAGUCUCCACAGACGACAGUUCAUCCAGCUCUUCGAGUGACUCAGAACCAUCCCCAAAGAGACUUACUUCACUGAUGCUGUCACCCAAGCAACUCAGAAAAUUGUCCAAGGAGAAGAAGAAGAAAAAGAAGAAGUCUGCGGAUCUCACUGGACUGGAAAUUACAGAGAUCACACGAUCUCUGGCAGACUUUAUCUUUGAGUGCAACUUAUCAUUCAAUGUUGUGGAAUCUGAGGCUUUUAGGACCUUCGUGAGAAGCUUAGAGCCUGGGUAUGAGAAGAAAAUACCCACAAGGCGAGCUCUGUCGUCAACCCUCCUCGAUGAUGCAUACAACAGGUGCAUCGAGAGGAGUGCUUGCAGUUCAGAGAGCAUUUUAUUCGUCUACAGCUGCCGGAACUUCCUCACGAAAGCCAAAAGCAUCAUGUGCACAUUGAGCAGUGUUGAGGGAGGAAGUGCCUUCGUUGACACACAGGAUUUUAAGGAGGACACUGAAACAGGUGACAAAUUGAUGGAGAUUGUGUGCGAGGCGACUGUUAAAGCUAACACUCUGUACGGCACCAAUAUCUACUGCCUGAUGACAGACAACAGCCGGGAGAUGGGUCAAUUGGGAGAAGCUGUGAAUGUGUGGCAUUGUGUCUGUUCCAGUCAUGUGGCCAAUCAAUUGGCUGACUCUUUGCUUCAGCCAGAGUUCACGGAAAAAGUCGUGGAAAUCGUUCGGGAAUUCAAGACGCCACAAUUGGAAACUCGAAUCAUUGCAAAUGGUGGCCGGAGGCUGGAAAUACCGCGCGAGGGUCGCUGUGGUUCCACCAGGCUCACGUACGAGUGCCUGAGGGACAAUUUGGCUCAUAUGAAGAUGAUUGCAGCUGAGGCCACAUGGACACCGGCCAGAGGACGUCACAGUAACUGGCAGAGGGCUACAACGCUCCUCUUCGAUGAGGCUUUCGUGCAGGAACUGGAAGCCAAUGUGACGGUGCUGGAGGCCAUUGGAGAGGUGCUGAGUGUGUGUCAGAAAAGACAGAGUUCAAUUGCAGAUUCAGUGGAUGCAUGGUUAACACUGGGCGAGAAAUUUCCUGCCAAUUCACCUCACAUGGCUGCCAUAUUCAAUCACCAUCGCGAAGUGGUGUUCAACAAAUAUGCCCUGGCAGCUUUUAUGCUUCAUCCAUUUCACGAUAAGCAACGCCUUGCUCAGGAGCAUGCAUCAAGUGCUCAUCAUUUUUUGCUGGAAGAACUGAAUGCCGAUGGACUGCAACAGCUCUAUGACUUUCAGCAUCAAAGGGGUCUCUUUCGUGUCCUCUACUCAAAGGGCCUAAAGUCAACAGAUGCCCUUCUGUUCUGGAAUCUCGCACGGAUGGACUAUCCUGUGCUGGCUAAUAUGGCCACUCGUCUCUUGCGUAUUCCUGCCUCAGCCGCUAAAAUCGUCACUGCUUUUGGACAAAGCGGCGACAGUCAGAGGAUACCUGUCCGAAAUCGCCUGACACCAGACAAAACGCGCAAACUUAUGCAUAUCCUCUAUGCAGCGAAACUCAACAAGGGACGUGCUCGAGAGGACGAUGAUGAUGCCGGAGAGGACAUUGAGGAUAACUGAGUUAGGGACUUCUCUGUGUUUCUAAUUUUACUCCACACUGAACAAACACAAGUCCCAGACGGAGUUUGCAAAUAAGGAGAAGGAUGAGAUCACAUAAGAUCUUAUCAGAAGCCCUCCUUCUAUUUUUAAUGUAUUUCUAUGAAUGUAAAGAAACAAUAAAUAUUUCCCAAAAGUUCAA